CUUAGAAAAAGUAUAUGGACUGUGAAAAUUAGAAGGCAAACUCAAAAAUCUUUAAGUAUGUGCUAAAUAAUCUAUAUUACAUUAACACGGGUAGUAAUUUCAUUAUAUCGAUGAUUUUGACAUAGUUUAGUUAAGUUAGACAAUGUUUUUGAUGACAAAGAAUGCCAAAACAUAAACAUUUGAAUAUUUUGUUAAAGGAACUUGUGACCAAACAUUCUAGCUGGUCUAUUUCCAUAGAGGAUCACGGGUCAUCAGACCAUAUAGAGUUGAGGGAAAAAUAAAGAACAAAUCACACAAAGAGAGACAAAUAAAUCUGAUAAAAUCUACAAGAUCUGAAUUCUGAUUGCAAAGGACAGAACACAAUAGCAUUGUCAGGAUGCAAUUACAUUGCACAUUAACCUCCCGAGAGAACUCAUGAGAGGUGUGGUGAUUGAAAGGCAAUUCGAGGCAUGCAAAAAUUUCAUAUUUGAUACAUAGUUCAUGCACAAACUGUCAUAGGUGAAAACAUGAAAGUUCGUAAACCACAUUUUCGAAAUGUGAUUUUUAUUUUCGUUUGCAUUGGUUUAGUAGCUGUGAUCUGUUUAAAUGACUUGACAAAACACGCCAUUAAUAAAACUAUGAAUGAAAUGCAAGGCAACAGUCAUAUACAAGAAGUUUUUGAUGAAAAACUUUUUUCAGCUUCGUAUGGAAACAUAAAUCAGUCACUUGAUAAUGACAUCCUAUCGCUAACAUCGAACAACGAAAGUGAUACGUUUGAUGGGAAUUUACAGUCCAAUGGUACUGGUGGUAAAAGUCAUCUGUUUAUCUUUUUCGGAACAAGACCGGAACUUAUCAAAUUAGUCAUUCUAAUUCAAAAGCUUAGAAAGUCUACAAAUUUCAUUGCACGAACUGUAUUUACUGGACAACAUAUGGAAAUAAUUGCUCCAUUUCUUAAACUUUUUAAUGUAAAGGUAGAUAUUACAUUCAAUCAUACACUACAAAAAGGCCAAUCACUGAAUAGUUUAGUAGGCAAAAUAUUUUUACAGGCAAAUACACUUCAAUCGAACCCCAGAGACAUUUGGAUAGUUCAAGGUGAUACAACGUCAGCAAUGGCAAUAGCAAUAUCAGCUUUUCAUAAAGGAAUACGAAUUGCUCAUGUCGAAGCCGGGCUCCGUUCGUAUGACAUGCAAUCCCCCUUCCCAGAGGAAUUUAAUCGUAAAACAAUCACAUAUAUAGCUACUUAUAACUUUGCUCCAACUGAACGAAAUCGAAGAAAUUUACUUUUUGAGGGAGUAGAUAGUACUCGUAUUUUUGUUACCGGAAAUACAGUUAUCGAUGCAGUAAAGUACAUACAAUCAACUAACCAGACUAAACAACCUAUUAGACUGAAAACAUUAUCAGUUGAAAUGCUAGUACUUUUAACAAUGCACCGAAGAGAGAACAUGUCUAGGAUGACAAAUUUGUACAAUAUCAUACAAUCCGUCAAGUGUGAGAAGUGUUUGUUUGUAGUGCCAGUACAUCCAAAUCCAAGUGCUGCUAAACCUGCAUUACACAUUUGUAAUGUAGAUAAAAGAUUUCUAUGUACCUCUCCUUUAUCAUAUGAAGAACUCCAUUGGGUCUUAAAAAAAUCAAAGUUCUUAUUAACUGAUUCUGGUGGACUGCAAGAGGAAGCAACUUGGUACAAUUUACCAACAUUGGUUCUAAGAAAUAGCACAGAACGAGUAGAAUGUCUGAUGGAAGGUUUGUCGACAUUAGUUAACGAAGACACUUUAUCUGCUGAAAUGAACAAUUUGAUUUCAAAAACGAAUCAUAAAAACAAAACAAAAACAUAUCCGUAUGGUGAGGGUGAUGCUUCUACAAAAAUUGUUAAUACACUUACUAAAACCGAUCUGUCUAUACAUAGCAUAAUUAAAAGGCCUAUAGAUUUCACACCACCAUCAAAUCAUUCUAUUGCCGUUGUUCUUCAGGUCUUCAAACGCAACGGUUUAGAUAAGCAGUUACGUGAUGCCGUGUCACAAACACUACAGCCUUCUACAAUUGUAGUACUACAAAAUGGAUUCCAUGUUAAUGUAGCACAAACAAUUAACAUUUUCCGAAAAGGAAAUCCUAAAAUAGAUAUACAGCAUAUUGCAUCAAGUAAGAACUUGCGCUUCCAUAGCAGAUUUCACAUAGCAUAUUUAUUAAAAGAGGAUUAUGUUUCUGUAUGGGACGAUGACAUGACAAUAGGAAAAGAAUGGUUAAGGUAUUGCGUUGAUCUGUCUAAAACAUAUCACAAUGCCGUUAUUGGUGCUAACGGGAGAUCAUUCAAGAAAGUCCAUCUGGAGAGAAAUAUGAUGGUACAAGAAGAGAGAUUAGGAUUUAAUGAUUUCGUUGGUCAUACCUGGACCUUACCUCGCGUGUUUCUGAAGGCCUAUGUGACAAUGACAACGUUUACACUUUACACUGGUGAAGAUGUUCAGGUAGCCUACGCAAUGCAACAAAUUGGUAUCAAGUGUUUUCGACCACAACAGAGUGGACAAAAAUUUGCCAAAAAUACACCGAGCACUAAGGAUAAAAACGCAUCGUUUAGAACUAACCAGACACCUAGAGAAUUAUUAUUUUGCACACUUUUAAAGCACAAUUUCAGAUAUAUAAACUGCAUUAACUGUAAUGAUACACAUAUUAUCGAUGAAUGUUUAAGUAAAAAAUAUGUUCAAGCUAUGGCUGUAGAAAAGGCUGCGAUCGAAAAAGACAUAACGGAUAAUGUCCAUGCAUGGUCAUAGUUACAACGGUUUUUUAUUCAACUUUUUAUGAAAUAAACGCCUCUGACAAAAGAAUGGGGGUGAAUGUGCCAAUAACUUUAGGAAAUAUAUGUGUGACCAGGGAAUAUAGCUUAGAAUAACUCAUAGCGGAACGUUCAAAUACUUUACAAAGUGAAAUAUAUAGAUGACAAACAAAUAUAACUUUCUGUACAAACAAAUAUAUAUUAAUAUAUCAUUUUGUAGCAAAUAAUGUAUAUUAUGUUUAAUUACAAAAUUGCAAAUAUCUAUUAGUACUAGUAAUUAGUACAAAAAACAGAUUCUAAUGUAAUCACCUUCAAGUUGUUAAUUAAGACAAAUUAUCAGAAAGGUACAUUGACUAUAUAUAUAUACUAUCAAAACAAUAUACUGUACAACAUUUGAAGUUAA